UCACUUUGACAGUUGAAUGGAUUGAUGGUCGAUUGACGUAACUUUGUUUUUGUUUGUGUAUUUUGCUGUUUUUGUUGUGAUUAUCCUAAUUUAUCGUCGAGAGAUCUUUAGAGUCAAACUGGAAAUCGUGCGCUUUUAUACUUUCUGUAAAGAUAUUCUACGAUAUUCCACGACGCCUACCAGUGGUCAAACCUAUUAGGUACGUCCGGACAACGACACAAAGGAAUCAUCGCCAUUGAUGCGUGUGAGCGUGCGGGCGCCAUGAAGCGAGUGGUGCUGUUCAAGAGCGAGUCGGAGGAGUACGCGCGCGCCUUCAGCUCGCAGCAGUUCGAGGCGGUGUUCGUGGAGCCGCUGCAGUUCCAGUACGUGGGCGGCGCCGCGCUGGCCGAGCGCCUGCAGCGGGAGUACAGCGGGCUGGUGCUGACGUCGCCGCGCGCCGCCGAGGCGCUGGCGCGGAGCUGGGCGGGCGGCGGGGCGGGCGGGGCCGCGCGCUGGGCGCCGCGCCGCGUGUACGUGGUGGGCGAGGCCACGCGCCGCGCCGCGCUGCAGCUGGGCCUGGCGCCGCGCGGGGACGCCGCCGGCAGCGCCGACAACCUCGCCACCAUCAUCGUCGAGGAGAACCCCCCGGGCUCCACCUUCCUGUUCCCCUGCGGCAACCUACGGUCUGAGACCAUCAUUGAGACAUUGACGGCAAAAGGAAUGACAGUUGAUGCCCUCACAGUGUAUGAGACAAUGGAAAACGAGAAUUUAAGAACACAUCUCAUGGAAUUAAACAAAUCAGAGUCAAGUCCGUGUUGCAUGGUGUUCUUCAGUCCGUCGGGCUGCGAGUACAUCUACCGGCAGCUGCAGACCUUCAACAACAGGCUGUCUGCGCUGCCUCACUUUGCCAUUGGCAACUCCACGGCUCACCGCAUCGUGAACCUCGGGGCAGACAUCGCCGGGGUGGCCCUCAAGCCUAAGCCCGAGUGCAUGGUUGAAUCAGUACAUAAAUAUUUCCAGGAACUAGAAGCUCAGUGUUAGAUUAGUACAAAUUUUAUUAAGCCUUAAAAUGUAUAUUAUGGUGUUGGUAUGUUGUAUAAUGUGAUAAAUUGAUGAUGUUACAAAUUUUAUAUAAUUUUUUUACAACUUUACAGUGCAAUAUGUGAUACUUAAUUUUUUAUAGGUAUAGCCAUAAUUUACAAUAAAAAUUCAAUUAUAAUAUAUCAUUUGGUUUCUUU